CCUGACUUAGAGGCGGGUCUUUAUCUACCUCUCCCGGGGAUUGGCCAGUAUCUCCGCCAACUUGCAAACUGCCUCGCUGAUUGGUACAUGUUGCGCACUCGUGCUUUUUCCUUCCAUUUCUGCCCAGCUCCCUGAGUCUGAGAAGCCGCGAGAGAGUUAUUCAGCCCUGUGAGCCAGCUGGAGAAGGAUGUCUCCCCAGCUGUUUGAGUUCCAUCUGCCCUUGUCCCCAGAGGACUUGUUGAAAAGUGGAGGGGUGAAUCAGUAUGUGGUACAAGAGGUAUUGUCCAUCAGACAUCUUCCAUCGCAGCUUAGAGCAUUUCAGGCGGCCUUCCGAGCUCAGGGGCCUCUGGCUAUUCUGGAGCACUUUGAUACCAUCUACAGCAUUUUACAUCACUUCCGAGGUAUAGAUCCUGGCCUCAAGGAAGAUACCCUGGAGUUCCUGAUAAAAGUGGUGUCCCGCCACUCCCAGGAACUUCCGGCCAUUCUGGAGGACGCAGCUCUGAGUGUGUCAGAGAGAAGUGCCCAUCUGAAUGCCCUCAAAAUGAACUGCUACGCUCUCAUACGCCUCCUGGAAUCCUUCGAGACCAUGGCCAGCCAGUCAAGCCUCGUGGACCUGGACCUUGGCGGGAAGGGUAAGAAGGCUCGGACCAAGACAUCCCACGGCUUCGACUGGGAAGAGGAGAGGCAACCAGUUCUUCAGCUCUUAACACAGCUUCUCCAGUUAGACAUCCGUCACCUGUGGAACCACUCGGUAAUGGAAGAGGAGUUCGUUAGUUUGGUUACUGGCUGUUGCUACCGCCUCCUGGAGAACCCCACCAUUAGUCACCAGAAGAACCGCCCCACCCGAGAAGCCAUAACACACCUGCUUGGUGUGGCCCUAACGCGCUACAACCACAUGCUCAGUGCCACCGUGAAGAUCAUCCAGAUGCUGCAGCACUUUGAGCACGUGGCGCCGGUGCUGGUGGCGGCCGUGAGUCUGUGGGCAACCGACUACGGAAUGAAGAGCAUAGUGGGAGAGAUCGUGAGACGGAGUGGGACAGAGGGUCCCCAGGAGCUGAGUCGGGACUCUUCAGGGGCGAAGGGCUUCGCAGCCUUCCUGACGGAGCUGGCAGAGCGAGUCCCGGCCGUGCUCAUGUCCAGCGUGUGUGUGCUGCUGGAUCAUCUGGAUGGAGAGAACUACAUGAUGCGCAAUGCCGUGCUGGCCGCCAUGGCAGAGAUGGUGCUGCAGGUGCUGAACGGCGACCAGCUGGACGCGGCAGCCCGGGACACUAGAGACCAGUUCCUGGACACCCUGCAAGCCCACGGCCACGACGUCAACUCCUUCGUGAGGAGCCGUGUUCUGCAGCUCUUCACCCGGAUCGUCCAGCAGAAGGCGCUCCCCCUGAUGCGUUUCCAGGCAGUGGUGACCUUAGCAGUGGGACGUCUAGCGGACAAGUCGGUGCUAGUUUGUAAAAACGCCAUCCAGCUGCUGGCCAGUUUUCUGGCCAAUAAUCCCUUUUCCUGCAAGCUUAGCGAGUCUGACCUCGCUGGACCUCUGCAGAAGGAGACUGAGAAACUGCAGGCCAUGAGGGCUGCCCAGCGCCAGGCUGCAGCUGCUCCGCUGGAUCCGGAGGAGGAGUGGGCAGCCAUGCUGCCGGAGCUGAAGUCUACCUUGCAGCAGCUUCUAGCGCUCCCCCAGGAGGAAGAGGUGGCUCCUGUACAGAUCGCUAACGCAGAGACCGCUGAGGCCGUGAAAGGCCGCAUCCGUCAGCUGCUUGCCAGGGCUAGUUACAAGCAGGCCAUCACUCUCACUCGAGAAGCCCUCGGCCACUUCCAGGAGGCUGAACCCUUCAGUCACACAGACCCGGAGGAGUCAGAGGAGACCAGAUUCCUGAAUCUCCUGGGAAUUAUCUUCAAAGGCCCAGCCGUUUCCAAGCAGGAGAAGGAUCCCCAGGACUCUGCCGGGAACGUGGUGCCUGGAGAGACUGUCUGUAAAGACGAGUCCAGCGUGCCAGAGCCUGAGGGGCCCAGGGGCAAGGAUGAGCUGGUGAAGCAGCAGAUGCUGGUGCAGUACCUGCAGGACGCCUACUGCUUCUCUCGGAAGAUCACGGAGGCCAUCGGCCUCAUCAGCAGGAUGAUGUAUGAGAACACAACCACAGUUGUGCAGGAGGUGAUUGAGUUCUUCGUGACGGUGUUCCAGUUCGGGGUGCCCCAGGCCCUGAUUGGGGUGCGCCGCAUGCUGCCUCUCAUCUGGUCUAAGGAGCCCGGUGUCCGGGAGGCUGUGCUUAAUGCCUACCGCCAGCUCUACCUCAGCCCGAAAGGGGACUCCUCCAGAGCCAAGGCCCAGACCUUGAUUCAGAACCUCAGUUUGCUGCUGGUGGAUGCCUCGGUCGGGACCAUUCAGUGUCUUGAGGAAAUUCUCCGUGAGUUCGUGCAGAAGGAUGAGUUGAAACCAGCAGUGACCCAGCUGCUGUGGGAGCGGGCCACCGAGAAGGUCCCCUGCUCUCCCCUGGAGCGCUGUUCCUCUGUCAUGCUUCUCGGCAUGAUGGCACGAGGAAGACCGGAAAUUGUGAGGAGCAACUUAGACACGCUGGUGAGCGCAGGGCUGGACGAGAAGCUCCCGCACGACUACAGGCUGGCCCAGCAGGUGUGCCACGCCAUCGCCAACAUCUCUGACAGGAGGAAGCCUUCUCUGGGCAAACGGCACCCUCCCUUCCGGCUGCCUCAGGAGCACAGGCUGUUUGAGCGACUCCGGGAGAUGAUCGUCAAAGGCUUCGCCCACCCAGACCCACUCUGGAUCCCGCUCAAAGAGGCGGCAGUGGGCCUCAUCUACCAGCUGGCCGAGGGCCCCGAGGCGAUCUGUGCCCAGAUGCUGCAGGGCUGUGCGAAGCAGGCCCUGGAGAAGCUGGAGGAGAGCAGCUCCCAGGAGGACCCGAAGCAGACGCCCCUGGCACUCCCCACCUUCCUGUUGAUGAACCUGCUGUCCCUGGCCGGGGACCUGGCCCUGCAGCAGCUGGUCCACUUGGAACAGGCCGUGAGCGGGGAGCUCUGUCGGCGCCGAGUUCUGCGCGAAGAACGAGAGCACAAGACCAAAGACCCAAAGGAGAAGAGCGUGAGCUCUGAGACCGCCAUGGAGGAGGAGUUGGGGCUGACGGGGGCCACUGCCGAUGACACGGAGGCGGAGCUAAUCCGUAGCAUCUGCGAGAUGGAGCUGUUGGACGGCAGACAGUUACUGGCUGCCGUGGUCCCACUGGUGCUCAAAGUCUGCAACAGCCCUGGGCUCUACAGCAACCCGGACCUCUCUGCAGCUGCCUCCCUCGCCCUUGGCAAGUUCUGCAUGAUCAGCGCCACUUUCUGUGACUCUCAGCUUCGUCUUCUGUUCACCAUGCUGGAAAAGUCUCCACUCCCCAUCGUCCGGUCUAACCUCAUGGUUGCCACUGGGGACCUGGCCAUCCGCUUCCCCAACCUGGUGGACCCCUGGACACCUCACCUGUACGCUCGCCUCCGGGACCCAGCUCAGCAAGUGCGGAAGACAGCGGGGCUGGUGAUGACCCACCUCAUCCUCAAGGACAUGGUGAAGGUGAAAGGGCAGGUGAGCGAGAUGGCCGUGCUGCUCAUCGACCCCGAGCCUCAGAUCGCCGCCCUGGCCAAGAACUUCUUCAACGAGCUUUCCCACAAGGGCAACGCAGUCUACAACCUCCUUCCGGAUAUCAUCAGCCGCCUGUCAGACCCCGAGGGCGGGGUGGAGGAAGAGCCUUUCCACAUCAUCAUGAAGCAGCUCCUCUCCUACAUCACCAAGGACAAGCAGACCGAGAGCCUGGUGGAGAAGCUGUGUCAGCGCUUCCGCACCGCCCGAACCGAGCGGCAGUGCCGGGACCUGGCCUUCUGCCUGUCGCAGCUGCCCCUCACAGAGCGAGGCCUCCGCAAGAUGCUGGACCAUUUCGACUGCUUUGGGGACAAGCUGUCGGAUGAGUCCAUCUUCAGCACGUUCCUGUUGGUGACGAGCAAACUGUCACGCGGGGCCAAGCCUGAGGGCAAGGCUAUAAUAGAUGAAUUCGAGAAGAAGCUUCGGGCCUGUCACACCAGAGGGUUGGAUGGUGGAGAGGAGGUGGAGACAGCCCAGGGGGCUGGCCUGAGAGCCCCAUCAGCCAAGAAACAGCCCACCGUCUCCAGGCACCAGACUCUGGCUUCUGCACCUUCCGACGAUGACUUUGUCACCCCCAAGCCCCGGCGUGCUACUCGCCAGCGCCCGAACACCCAGCAGCGAACUUCCAGAAAGAAACCCAAAGUUGUCUUCUCAAGUGAUGAGUCCAGUGAGGACGAGCUCUCGGCAGAGAUGACAGAAGACGAGACACCCAAGAAAACCACCCCCAUCCGCAGAGCGUCUGCCCGCAGGCACAGGUCCUAGGAAGCCGUGCUGCCCGUCCUCAGCCCUCGGAGCACACCUCGCGGCGCGCCCUCUAAUUCCAGCCCCAUCCCCCUUGGCUUUUAGCCCACACGUGAUGUUUAGGACAUCAGGUGUUUCUCUGACACCAGCCUCAGUCCCCCAGGUGAGCUGCUUUCACUUGGCAAUAGCCGUCGGCCCCUCUCCUUGUUUUCUAGUGAAUAAAUGUUUUUAUACUUUUA